AUGUUCAGCCGGUACACUUUUCCGCUCACAAUCACACGCGCCAUCUACGGUCCGCAUCUAUUCACCACGCAAUUUACACUGCAAACCCGCCUCGGUCCAUCGGAGUCAUUACGAAUGCCGCCGCCACGGGCAAGGCAGCCCGUCGUCGCCGGCCGUCCGAGGUCGGUGACGAGAAUGUGUCUCUUCGCCGCCGCGCUGGCGUGCUCCACCGCUUACUACUGGAUGCCCAUGAAGCUGGCGUGCAGGCAAAAGCACGACCCCCUCGUCCUCACCAUGCAGCUUCUGGUAGUCAUGCUCGAGGCCUGCCUCUGCUACUGCCUCGUGUCCGCCUCGAGGGCGUACUCGGACAUCACCGACCUAAUCGACGACGCCUUCCUGAACACGACCCCGGGCCAUGUGUUUCUCGGCCUGCUGGCGCUGUGCGCCUGGACGCUCGGCGCCAGCUCCGUCUCCCUCAUGGUCCUCUUUGUCACCGGCAAGACGCGCGGCACGCGGCACGAUCCGCCGCCGCCGGAGGUGUCCGGGAUGGGGCGCGCGGAGCGCAUGGUUCGCAUUGCCGCGCCCUUUGCGCUCGUCUAUGCCGCUUGCUGGCUCUUCUGCCUCGCGUCCGUCGGCCUGCUGGAGAUUGCGCCGCCGCGCAGGAGGCCCAAUGGGGACUUGACGUGGGGUGAUUUACUUCGCAGGCCGGCAGUGGCCGGCGCCGUCUUGUUUAUUGUCAUGGCAUCCCGCUUGGGUGGUCGGGUGGUCGGGGAUAUACCCAGCUGA